AUGGAUUACAUUGAACCCAUUCUAGGAAGUAUCUUUGGUCAUCACGUAAAUCUCAGCAAAAGAGGUUCUCGAUCUUUAAUAUACAGUGGAGGACAAGAACAAAGGGGAUUUACUCGGUAUAUAAAGAGGUCGGAGUUGGAGACCUCAAGUUAUCUCAAGGAUGAUUGCGUUACCAUUCAAUGUACCAUCGGAAAAGUGCAAACUCGAGAUGAAGAGAAGAAACCUUAUGUUAUUCCUGUACCUCCAUCUGAUAUGAAUCAGAGUCUCAAGGAUUUGAUGGAAUCUGAAAUUGGUUCUGAUAUUACUUUUACUGUUGGCAAUGAAUCCUUCGGAGCUCACAAGUUGAUUCUCGCAGCUCGAUCUCUCGUUUUCAGAGCUCAGUUUUUCGGAUUAGUGGGUAAUCCAGGCAUGGAAACAGUAGUCAUUGAAGAGUUUGAACCCUUUGCCUCUAAGGCCAUGUUGCUAUUUUUGUACUCAGAUGAACUUCCUGGACCAAGUGAACUUUGUGAUUCAGAUUCUCUUUGCACUUCCACAACACUCAUGCAGCAUUUGUUAGCUGCAGCAGAUCGCUAUGAUAUUGAUCGAUUGAAACUCAUGUGUGAGGCAAGAUUAUGUGAAGAAAUAACAGUAGAUAACGUUGCAACAACACUGGCUCUAGCAGAAAAACACCAGUGCCUGCAACUGAAAGCUUUCUGUUUAGACUUUGCAUCUAAGCCUGAAAAUUUGGGAGAAGUUAUGAAGUCUGAAGGGUAUGCAGAUUUGGAGAAGUCAUGUCCCUCACUAUUGACAGAUCUAUUGCAAAAUCUACUGACAGGCAUGUGCAUUGGUAGAAAAUGA